AUGGAGGAGAAAGUUUCUACCGAGUUAAAACAGUGUGAGUUAAAGCAAGAAAUAGCACGCAGAACUAUGAACGACCUUCAAGAAAAAGCUUCUUCUGUUCUGUUACUUUGUUUACAAUGGAAGGAAGUAGAGAAUCACUUCGAUUCUAUCAGGGGCUUGAUCGAGGUGGAGAGGGAAGAGGUUGAGAGGAAGGAGAGAGUGGUUAAUGAGAGAGAGAAGGAAGUCGGGGUGAAAGAGAAGAGAGUGGAGGAGUUGGUUAAAGAAGUUAAGUUGAAAGAUGAGGACUUUAAGGAAUCGAGAAGAGAGCUUGAGUUGAAAGAAAUGGAAUUUGGAGUGAAGGUUAGAGAAAGGUAUGACGAAGUUGAGUUGAAGGAAAAGAAAGUUGAGGGAGAGUUUAGAGAAGUUGCAUUGAGGGAAAAGAGGGCGGAGAAGAGAUUUAUAGAGGCUGAAGUGAAGGAGAGGAGGGCUGGGGAGUUGUUUAAGGAAGUUAGGGUGAAAGAUGAGGAAUUUAGGGAAUGGAGAAAAGGGCUUGAUUUGAAAGAGAAGGAAAUUGAGUUGAAAGGUAGGGAGGUUGAGGAGAGGUUUAAAGAGAUUGAAUUGAUGAAGAAGAAUGUUGGCGACGGGAGAGAGGAAAUUGAAUUGAAUAGAAGGAAAUUAGAGGAAGGAUUUAGAGAACUUGAAUUGAAAAGUAGGGAGUUUGAGGAGAGGAUUAAAGGGGUUGAGUUGAAGGAGAAGGAAUUAGAGGAACAGGGUAGGGAAGUUGUUUUGGAUGGGAAACAAAUCGAAGAGAGAGAAAUUAAGGACUUUGAAUCGAAAGAGAAACAACUUGUGGCAGCUUGUAACGCUCGUGUGAAGAGAGUGGAGGAGUUGGUUAAAGAAGUUAAGUUGAAAGAUGAGGACUUCAAGGAAUGGAGAAGAGCGCUUGAGUUGAAAGAAAUGGAAUUUGGAGUGAAAGUUAGAGAAAGGUAUGACGAAGUUGAGUUGAAGGAAAAGAAAGUUGAGGGAGAGUCUAGAGAAGUUGCAUUGAGAGAAAAGAGUGUGGAGAAGAGAUUUAUAGAGGUUGAAGUGAAGGAGAGGAGGGUUGGGGAGCUGUUUAAGGAAGUUGGGGUGAAAGAUGAGGCGUUUAGGGAAUGGAGAAAAGAGCUUGAGUUGAAGCAGAAGGAAAUUGAGUUGAAAGGUAGGGAGGUUGAGGAGAGGAUUAAAGAGAUUGAAUUGAUGGAGAAGGAUGUUGGUGAUGGGCGUGAGGAAAUUGAAUUGAAUAGAAGAAAAUUAGAGGCAGGAUUUAGAGAACUUGAGUUGAAAAGUAGGGAGGUUGAGGUGAGGUUUAAAGAGAUUGAAUUGAUGGAGAAGAAUGUUGCUGACCGGAGCGAGGAAAUUGAAUUGAAUAGAAGGAAAUUAGAGGAAGGAUUUAGAGAACUUGAAUUGAGAAGUAGGGAGGUUGAGGAGAGGAUUAAAGGGGUUGAGUUGAAGGAGAAGGAAUUUGAGGAACAACGUAGGGAAGUUGUUUUGAAAGGGAAACAAAUCGAAGAGGUUGAGUUGAAGGAGAAGAAACUAGAAGAGAGGUUGAGGCAUGUUGAAUUGGAAAAUAAGAAGUGCACAGAGAGAAUUAAGGAGUUCGAAUCGAAAGAGAAACAACUUGUUGAAGCUUCUGAAGCUCGUGUGAAGUUGGAGCCAGUAGAUCAUUCUAUGGAUGCUAAUCUACGUUUUUCAGUGAAAAUGGAUGGGAAGGCGUUGCAGAUUUUCUUAAAUGAGCGUUGUACACAUAUUGACAAGAUGAAAAAUGAAGUGUUUGUUGCUCUUGGACUUUCGAAGGAUGAUGUGGAGUUCAAAGAGGCUGUUGUUAGAAGAAGUUGCAAUCUUUUGCUUGAGCAAUUAAUGAAAAUAUCCCCACCAAUUAAACCCCAUGUGAGAAAAGAAGCAAUGAGACUUGCCUUUAAUUGGAUGACAAAAAUGAGAGUGGAUGAUCAGCAAUAUUUGGAGGUUUUGGGAUUCUUUAAUCUCUUGGCUGCUUAUGGAUUGGGCUCUGCUUUUGAUUCUGAUGAGCUGAUAAGCCGUUUUGUGACUAUUGCUCGAAAUAGGAUGACUCUUGAAUUUUUGCGUUUCCUUGGUUUAGCAGAUAAAAUUCCUGGUAAGUUUCUAAUGCUUGAGGUCGAUGGUGAAUCAGUUCCCCCUGGACCUCUCUUGAGGGAUUACUUAAAUGGUUCUAAGAUUGAAGCCAGAAGAAUUAGGAGGAGUAGCGAAUCAGUUGAAGCACAGAUUGAGGCUACAAACAAAAGAUUAGCUGUUCUAAUGGUUGUACUGAAAUGCGUUGAAGAUUACAAGCUUGAAUCUGAAUUCUCACCUGAUAGGCUCAGGCAACAAAUAAAAGAUGUUGAAAGACAGCAUUUGAAUAGGAACACAAAGUUAUCGAACCUGGGCUGCAAUUCUCAGCCACCUAAUCUGAGUGAGAAGAAAUGUUUGGCCCCAAGAGUUGCAUCUUCAUCCCCUGUCCUUGCAUCCAAUUCUGUCUCUGCUACUAAACCUGCCCUCAAGUCCAUGGCUGCUGCCGCAGCUGUUCUUGUCACAGUCACCUCCCCUUCUCCAACGGCUGCCUCCAUUGCUUCCCCAUUUGGUGUCACCUCUCGUGCCCCAAUGGCUCCCUCUGUUAAUCCAGUUGCCCCCAUCGCAGUCGCUUCUACCUCCACAACCGCUGCCUCCACUGCUACCUCAACAGUAUUCACCUCUCCCUCUUCAACUACUGCAUCCAUAACUGCCUUCACUUCUCGAAGCACAGUUGCCUGCCCCUCCUCAACCAGUGCAUCACCUCCUGCCUUAAUUCCCAAGACUGAACCACAAUGCCAGGGUGGAAAUAAGCGCUCUCUACUACAAUAUAAGGACUGUGAUAAGUGCCCUCAAGAACAACACCAGGGCAGAAAUAAGCGCCAUCGGAGUGCACACUCGGUGCCACUCCCUCAUCAAGCAACAAAGCUUCCACCAAACUUUCAAUCAAAUUCACGACCAAGCCUCUUCCAUUCUCUUACUCACUCUUCGGUGGAAAGAAAUCGAAACUCACUUAGAUUCCGCUUUCAUUUCCAUCAAAAACUGCGCCAAAUAGCUUCACUGCAAGGAAGGUCAACUGGAAGAGAGAGAGAGAAGGAAACUGAAGCGAAGGAGAAAGAAUUUGAGGAACGGUGUCGAGAAUUUAUAGAGGUAAGAGAUGCGGAGGUUGAGGAGCAUUUUAAAGAGAUUGAGUUUACGAAGAAAGGGUUGGAGGAAAGGUGCAGAGAAUUUGAGUUGAAGGAGAAGGAAUUUGAGGAGCGGUGUGAAGAGAUGAAGUUUGUUGAAGAGAUUGAAGUGAAGGGGAAGCGAAUUGAGGAGAGGCGAAACGAAGUUGAAGAGAGGCAGGAAUUAGUGAAAAAGAAGUUCGUGGAAAUUAAGUUGAAGGAGAAGCAAGUUGAUGAGAGGUGUAGAGAAGUGGAAUUGGAAAGUAGGAAGUUUGUUGAAGAGGUUGGAUUGAAGGAGAAACAGCUCGACAAAAGGCGAAAGGAAAUUGAAGUAGAAAGCAAGAGGAUUUUUGAAGAGCUUGAAUUGAAGGAGAAAGAAUUUGAAGAACGCUGUAAAAAGGUUGAAUUGGAAAAUAAGAAGUUUGUUGAACAGUUUGAAUUCAAGGAGAAGCGACUCAGUGAAGGGCGCAGGGAAGUUGCAUGGGCGAAGAUGAAGUUUGGUGAACAGCUUAAACAGCGUGAAUUGGAGGAGAGACGACUUGAGGAUAGGGCUCUGGAAAUUGAAUUGGAGAAGAAGAGAAACAAGGAGUUUCUUGAAGAGCUUGAAUUGAAGCAGAAGCAAGCUGAACAGCAGCGUAAAGAAGUUGAUUUGGAGAUCAUGAAGAACAAGAAGUUUAUUGAGGAGGAGUUUGAAUUAGAGAGAAAGAAGUUCAUUGAAAAGCUUGAGUUGAAGGAGAAAGAAUUUGACGAAAAGAGGGAGGAAGUUGAAUUAGAGAGAAAGAAGUUUAUUGAGGAAUUUGAAUUGAAGGAGAAACAAUUUGAGAAAAGGCGGGAGGAAGUUGCGUUAGAGAGAAGGAAGUUUAUUGAGGAGUUUGAAUUGAAGGAGAAACAAUUUGAUGAAAGGCGGGAGGAAGUUGAAUUAGAGAAAAAGAAGUUCAUUGAAAAGCUUGAAUUGAAGGAGAAACAAUUUGACGAAAAACGGGAGGAAUUUGAAUUAGAGAGAAGGAAGUUCAUUGAACAGCUUGAAUUUAAGGAGAAACAAUUUGACGAAAGGCGGGAGGAAGUUGAAUUAGAGAGAAAGAAGUUGAUUGAAAAGCUUGAAUUGAAGGAGAAACAAUUUGGCGAAAGGCAGGAGGAAGUUGAAUUAGAGAGAAAGAAGUUGAUUGAAAAGCUUGAAUUGAAGGAGAAGCAACUUGAGGAGCAGCAUAAAGAAGUUGAAUUGAAAAACGAGAAAAACAAGAAGUUUUUUGAAGAGCUUGAUUUGAAGGAGAAGCAAGUUGAAGAAAGGUGUCUGGUAGUUGAAUUGAGGAAUAAAAAGUUCGCUGAAGAGCUUGAAUUGAAAGAAAAGCAACUUGAAGAGCAUUAUCAGGUAAUGGAAUUGGAAAAGAAGAAGUUUGAGGAACUUUCCAAGAAGAUUGAAUUGAAGGAGAAGCACCUUGAAAAGCAGUUAAAAGAAGUUGAAUUGGGAACCAAGAAGGUUUUGGAACGACCUAAAGAGCUUGAGUUGAAAGAGAAGCAACUUCUGGAGCAGUCUAAAAAACUUGAAACAGAAGUUAAGAAGUUCAUGGAUCAAUCUAGAGAACUUGUAUUGAAGGAGAGACAACUUGAAGAACGGUGCAGGGAAUUAGACGGGAAAGAGAUACGGCUUGUUGAUGGUGGUAAUACUCAUGUGAAGAUUAAGGCACCUAAUAAUUUUGUGGUUAAGAAUGCUACUGAUGCUAAUCUCCGUCCUUCGGUGACUAUGGAUGGAAAGGCUUUACAAAUAUUCUUAAAUAAGAGUCGUAAAUAUGAUGAGAAGACAAAAAAUGAAGUGCUUACUGCUCUUGGACUAUCAUCGGAUCCUGCAAACCUUGUUUUGGAUGCAAUGGAAGGGUUUUAUCCACCACGUAUGGCUUUCAAAGGGAGUGUGGUAAAAAAGAGUUGCAAUUUUUUGCUGGAGCAAUUAAUGGCACUGUCACCACCAAUCAAGUCGCAUGUAAGAGAAGCAGCAAAAGAGCUUGCCUUUGAUUGGAGGACCAAAAUGAGAAGGGGUGGUAAAAAUUAUAUUGAGUUUUUUGGAUUUUUCAGGCUCUUGGCUUCUUAUAGUUUGACCUCUGCCUUCAAUGCUAAUGAUCUAUUAAAUGAUUUGGCGACUGUUGCUCAAUAUGGUGAGACCCCUGAAUUCUUAAGGGUCCUUGGUUUAGAAGAUAAGGCCUCCUGUACUACUGUGCUAGUUUAUGAAGUUGCACAGCUAACAUGUGGUUUUGUUCAAAUUCUGAUCAACAAGAAACAAUAUCUUGAUGCUGUUAGGUUCAUUUGUGCAUUUGAGCUGGUUAAGGAGUUCCGGCCUCGACCUCUGUUGACACUUUACUUGUGUGAUUCCAAGAUUGCUGCAAAAACAAUUAGAAAGAGCAACGAAUCAGUUGAAGCACGGGUUAUGGCAAAUGAAAAAAGAGUUGCUGAUUUGAGGGCUGUAAUUAAAUGCAUUGAAGAUCACAAGCUUGAAUCUGAACUCCCCCUAAGCUGCAGUUCUCAGAUCUCAAUUUUGAAUGAGAAGAAAUUUUCAGUGCCCAAAUCUACCUCCACCACAAGCACUACCCCUACCGCUCCAACUGCUCCCAUCAAUGUCACCACCUCAUCACCAACCACUGCGUGCAUUGCUUCCCCAGCUGCCGCCAUCAGAGUCACCUCCCCCAUCCCAACCCCUGCCUCUACUGUUGGCUCAAUCGUAAACGCCUCUCCCAACCCUACUCCACCCAUUACUGGCCCCACUCUACCUAUUACUGCCCCCACUUCUUCCACGAGUGUUAUCUCCCCCUCGCCAACCACUCCACUGCCUUCUGCUACAAUCUUUGAGAGUCUAUCACAACAACAUUGUGGAGAUAAGCACCCUCAACCACAACACCAGGCUGCAGAUAAGCGCCAUCGUCCACAACUCCAGGAUGGAAACAAGCACCCGCAGCCACAACACCAGUAUGGAAAGAAGCACCCUCAUCAACAACAGCAGGGUGGAAAUAAGCGCCCUCAAAUAGCUUUAUCAUCAGAGGUACCUCUACGAGCAUCAUCGUUUGCAUUUGCAAAUACUAACAUUGUAGACUCGCUGCAAACCCCUCAUCAGCAACCAAAUCACUAUUUUACGAAUCAAGGUGCAUCAUAUUCGAACUCAUCAGCUGGACAUUAUAGCUUUACUGGGUACCAGCCUAUAAACCCACAGAUGGACAUUAUAGGAUUUAGAGAACUUGAAUUGAGAAUUAGGGAUGUUGAGGAGAGGAUAAAAGGGGUUGAGUUGAAGGAGAAGGAAUUUGAGGAACAGCGUAGGGAAGUUGUUUUGAAAGGGAAACAAAUCGAAGAGGUUGAGUUGAAGGAGAAGAAACUAGAGGAGAGGUUGAGGCGUGUUGAAUUGGAAAAUAAGACGUGCACAGAGAGAAUUAAGGAGUUUGAAUCGAAAGAGAAACAAGUUGUUGAAGCUUGUGAAGCUCAUGUGAAGUUGGAGCCCGUAGAUUAUUCUAUGGAUGCUAAUCUACAUUUUUCAGUGAAAAUGGAUGGGAAGGCGUUGCAGAUUUUCUUAAAUGAGCAUUGUAAACAUAAUGACAAGAUGAAGAAUGAAGUGUUUAUUGCUCUUGGACUUUCUUCGGAUCCUGCAAAGCUUGUUUUGGAUGCUAUGGAAGGGUUUUACCCACCUCGUUUGAGGAAGGAUGAUGUAGAGUUCAAAGAGGUUGUUGUUAAAACAAGUUGCAAUCUUUUGCUUGAGCAAUUAAUGAAAAUAUCCCCACCAAUUAAACCCCAUGUGAGAAAAGAAGCAAUGAGACUUGCCUUUAAUUGGAUGACAAAAAUGAGAGUGGAUGAUCAGCAAUAUUUGGAGGUUUUGGGAUUCUUUAAUCUCUUGGCUGCUUAUGGAUUGGGCUCUGCUUUUGAUUCUGAUGAGUUGAUAAGCCGUUUGGUGAUUAUUGCUCGAAAUAGGCAGACUCCUGAAUUUUUGUGCCUCCUUGGUUUAGCAGAUAAAAUUCCUGGUAAGCUUUUAAUGCUUGAGCUCGAUGGUGAAUCAGUUCCCCCUGGACCUCUCUUGAGGGAUUACUUAAAUGGUUCUAAGAUUGAAGCCAGAAGAAUUAGGAGGAGGAGCAAAUCAGUUGAAGCACAGAUUGAGGCUACAAACAAAAGAGUAGCUGAUCUAAUGGUUGUAUUGAAAUGCGUUGAAGAUUACAAGCUUGAAUCUGAAUUCUCACCUAAUAUGCUCAAGCAACAAAUAAAAGAUGUUGAAAGACAGCAUUUGAAUAGGAACACAAAUUUAUCAAACCUGGGCUGCAAGUCUCAGCCACCUAAUCUGAGUGAGAAGAAACGUUUGGCCCCAAAAGUUGCAUCUUCAUCCGCUGUCCUUGCAUCCAAGUCUUUCUCUGCUACUAAACCUGCCCUCAAGUCCAUGGCUGCUGCCUCAGUUGCUACCUCAGCUGCUCCUGUCACAAUCACCUCCCCCUCUCCAACAGCUGCGUCCAUUGCUUCCCCAGUCGGUGUCACCUCUUGUGCCCCAAUGGCACCCUCUGUUAAUCCAGUUGCCCCCAUCGCAGUCACUUCUACCUCCACAACUGCUGCCUCCACUGCUACCUCAACAGUAGUCACCUCGCCCUCCUCAACUACUGCAUCCAUAACUGCCUUCACUUCUCAAAGCACAGUUGCUGGCCCCUCCUCAACCAGUGCAUCACCUCCUGCCUUAAUUCCCAAGACUGAACCACAAUGCCAGGGUGGAAAGAAGCGCUCUCUACUACAAUAUAAGGACUUUGAUAAGUGCCCUCAAGAACAACACCAGGGCAGAAAUAAGCGUCCUCGCGCUUAUUGGCUUUUGCCUUGUGGUUGCCAUGAUGGAGAAUCAUUAACGUUGCACAGAACUCUUGAUGAUAUGGGGAAGGACUUUGAUGCCUCUGCUCAAAGACUCCAGCAUGUCAAGAAGAUUAAACUAUUUGCAAGUGCAGUUCCACAUGAUGUUAAUAGAUAUCUGGAAUCUGUUUUGCAUCAGAUUAGCAUCUCUAUUUGCAAGGAGUUUCAACUGGCAAAGAAGAAGUUGAUUGAAGAGGUUGAACUGAAGGAGAGAGAAUUCAAACAAUGGUGUAAAGAACUUUAA